CCUCUCUUCUCCGUCAAAGCUGAGUAAGGUCAUUUCCAGAGUGGCUCAACAGGUCUUCUUAUCUGCGGCGGAAAUGAUCAGUUGAGCGCCUCGCGCUGACUCGAGCCCUUUUCUUUCCCCGAGACUUGACGCUAUGCGGCUGCCUUCCGGAUGCCGCCGGCUGCUGCUGCUCGCGCCUCGGCUGCGCGCGGCGGGCAGGAGGAGAUGCAACACCGCGGCGUUCAUGCCGGAGGCUGCGGGCUUCCCGGGAGUCUCGGGCCGCGCGGACCUGCAGGAGUUCUCCGUCUCCAACAGCGAGAGCUUCUGGGCCGCGGUGGCGCGCGGCCGCCUGAGCUGGAUCAGCCCCUUCCACACGGUGCGCGACUGCGACCUGAGCCGGGGGAAGAUCCACUGGUUCGAGGGAGGGAAGCUCAACGUGUCCGUGAACUGCCUGGACCGCCACGUGCACACCUGUCCCGAGAGGGUGGCUCUGAUCUGGGAGAGGGAUGAGCCGGGGUCAGAGGUCAAGUACACCUACAGGGAGUUGCUGGAGAUGACUUGCCGUGUGGGCAACCUGCUGCGGAGGCGAGGGGUGAAGCGAGGCGACUGUGUCACCAUCUACAUGCCCCCCUGCCCCCUGGCUGUGGCGUCCAUGCUGGCCUGCACCCGCAUCGGCGCCGCGCACAACGUGGUGUUCGCCGGGUUCAGCGCCGAGGCCCUGUCAGAGCGGAUCAGAGACGCUCAGUCCACCACCGUCAUCACCGUGAACCAGGGGGUCCGAGGAGGGAGGCUCAUCGAGCUGAAGAAGACGGUGGACGAAGCCGUGCAGAGCUGCCCCAACGUGCAACAGGUGCUGGUCGCCAUGCGAACGGAUAACCCCGUCCCCAUGACAGCCAGAGACGUCGCCAUGGAGGAGGAGAUGUCAAAGGAAGACGUGGUGUGCGAGCCGGCCGCCAUGAACAGCGAGGACGUCCUGUUCCUGCUCUACACGUCCGGCAGCACGGGGAAGCCCAAAGGUCUGGUCCACACUCAGGCGGGAUACCUGCUGUACGCCGCGCUCACACACAGGUACGUCUUCGACUACCACGACGGAGACGUGUUCGGCUGCGUGGCGGACAUCGGCUGGAUCACGGGGCACAGCUACUGCGUUUACGGGCCGCUGGCCAACGGAGCGACCACCGUGCUGUUCGAGAGCACGCCCAUUUACCCCGACCCAGGGAGAUACUGGGACAUGGUGCAGAGACUCAAGAUCAACCAGUUUUACGGCGCUCCCACUGCGAUCCGCCUGCUGCUCAAGUACGGCGACGACUGGGUGAAGAAGUACGACCGCUCCUCCCUCAAAACCCUGGGCUCUGUCGGGGAGCCGAUCAACACUGAGGCGUGGGAGUGGUACCACCGGGUGGUCGGAGACGGACGCUGCCCUGUGGUGGACACCUGGUGGCAAACAGAGACGGGCGGCGUCUGCAUCGCCCCGAAGCCUUCCCCGCCCGGCGCCGACAUCGUCCCCGGCAUGGCCAUGAGGCCCUUCUUUGGCAUUAAGCCGGUGCUCAUGGACACCGAGGGCGACGUGCUGACAGACAACAACACAUCUGGAGCUCUGUGCAUAGCUCAGCCGUGGCCCGGCAUGGCCAGGACCAUCCACAACGACCACCAGAGGUUCAUCGAGACGUACUGCCAGCCCUACCCCGGCUACUUCUUCACCGGCGACGGCGCCCACCGCUCGCCGGAGGGUUACUACCAGAUCACCGGCCGCCUGGACGACGUGAUCAACGUGAGCGGUCACCGGAUCGGCACGGCGGAGAUCGAGGACGUGGUGAACCAGUGUCCGGACGUGGCUGAGUCGGCCGUCAUCGGAAUCUCACACAGCAUCAAGGGUCAAGGUGUGUACGCGUUCGUGGUGCUCAAAGCGACGGCGGAUAAGGAGGAGGAGGAUCUGACGCGGCAGCUCAACGACACGGUGUCCAAGAAGAUCGCUAAAUACGCCUGUCCGGACUUCAUCCAGUUCGCCAAGCGUCUGCCCAAGACGCGCUCGGGGAAGAUCAUGAGGCGGGUGCUGCGCAAGGUGGUGGAGCGGGACCUGGACGGCCUGGGCGACCUGAGCACGCUGGACGACCCCGCCGCCGUGCAGGAGAUCAUCGAAGGUCACCGCAAGGUCGUCGGUAAAAAGCCACAGUGAGACGUAGAAAUCGAUCAUUUCUAAAGAUGAAUUACGAAUCAUCAACUUCGCACAUUCAGACUAAUCCUAAACUUCCAGCCUUGUGCCUCUGCAAAAAAAAAAAAAAAAAAAGAUUUUAUUGACCAAAUGUGUUUUUAAUUGUAGAUAUUUUAACCAGAAUAGAUUUUUAAUCCGACUCCAUCCUGAUAAUUUCACGCUGUAAACGAGGAGGAACUGUAACGUCUCGCCAGCUCCGCCUCCCGCUCUUCAGUCCUCAACGUUUAGGAUUCAGGUCGAGUUCGACCGUCUCCAGAUGAGAAACGCACACGAGAUGAAGGAGUUGGUUCAGGAGCAGGUUUGCGUUCCCAAACUGAGACUUCUGAGAUGAAAGUGUCACAUGAUUUCUUCAUCGGGGCUCACGCCGCCGCCGCCUCUUAACCUGGUUAACUCCCACCGGCCGCCUCCGCACAGCUUCAGCUGCACGUCGUGGUGCUGCGAAGAGGAAGAGCCCAGAAGACACAGACGUUUUUUUUUUUUUUGGACAUUUCACUGUAUUUUGCACCAGAACACUCGUUUUUGCAAGCAACUGUUAAAAAUAGACAUUUUUCUCUGCGCCACAGACUUCCCAGUUUUCAUUUAAAGGCUCUAUUUUAACCCGCCGCAGUCAGCUGACCUUCUCCAGGCUGCUGCGGUGUCCCAGGCUGACCAGCGUCAUGCCCAGCUGUUUGCACGUCCGGUACAGCUGUGACUCCGCCUCCUCGGUCAGGGCACUGGUGGCUUCGUCCAGGACUGACGGGACAGGAACGCAAACGUCAACACGCGGCGGAAACGGGCGCGAGGGGGCCUGUCACGUCCGGACGACACACACUUGCGUAUUUGGGCUGCAGGUAGAAGAGUCGGGCGAAGGAGAGCCGCUGCAUCUCGCCUGGGGAGAGGACGUCGUACCUGCAGAGGAAACGAGAUUAUAACCGUUCGUGACGUCUUUAACACCGGUUCCCUCUUUCCCCCCCCCCACUCGUACCAGUUCCAGUCCACUUUCUCGUCCAGGCCGCCCGUCCGCUUCAGGAGGUUAGUCUGAGGACCGCGGAGCAAGUUUAGAUCGGCGUCAGAUUUAUAUGCAGCUUCCAAAACUCUCCCAUGAACUCACCAGUCCAGCCAGCUCCAGGAACCGAGUAAUUCUGUCAUCGUCCACCGACCCUGAGAAACACGAAGAACGUCAGGCUCAGUGGAGGCGGCGUUAGCAUCAAGUUACCUCUUAUAGACUCAGAUUAAAUGUCAGAGAUUUAAAUCGUUGGAUGAAGAGUCUCCGUCGUUUCAAGGUGUGGAUCAGUGGGAGGUUAAUCUGGUUGAGAAGGAACGACUUCACUUUAAAUCCAAACCACAAUGCCUUAUUUUUAGAAUUGUACGUCGAUAAGCUGUGCUGCUGUGCCACACACUUUAUCAUGCACAUCAUUUAGUGUGUUUUAUGCAGGGCGGUCGUCUGACUUCUGUGUUCGUUUUGAAAUUCACUUUUUCUUUCAGUAAUUGGUGUGAUUGCACUUUGAUGAUUGUCAUGUUGGUACUAUGAAUAAAGUUAUGAAUGAGAUGUG